CAUUCCCUUUGAUUGCCAGUGAGCCAAUAAUGGUGUCUCCAAACUUCAUUAACAUCCUUCUUAUUUUGAUUUGCCUUCUUCUAAGAUUCUCCACCGGACAUUCCCUACAAGCUUCAGUAAAGAAGAGCAACAUUAGUGCUGCUGUAAAGCUUCAGACAGACGGACGCUCGGUGAAGGAGGAGGAGGUAAUUCAUAUCAGUACUAUUUCUAUGCAGCAGCAGGAGGUAGCUGGUGAGACGGAGGGUAGAAGAGUGUCAGAGGCAAAGAGAUGUGAGCGUUGCAUAGAAAGUUGUGAACGUAAUGGAGGACAGGGAUGCGCGGAGCGCAAAUUCAGUAAACGAAGUCGUCACUCUAUGCGCUUCAAGAUGUCUGGUUUUGUUUCUUGGAAUGCUGACUAUCACGUUCCAAGGCCUCAUCCGCCCAGGAAUAACUGAUCCAGGACACUUUAAUUCCUCGCAUUUGUAGUUUCUUUGUAUUUAUUUAUUUAUUCUCAAUUAAUUUCCGUCUCCGCAUCAA